AGGGUAGCUUUUGAACACCCUGGCCUCGCACAGCGAGAAAACUUCCCCAGAGAGAUGCGGAAAGGCCUGACGCCAAGCGCUCCGCCCGAUUUCCCGGUGCCAACAGCCCCUUGAGCCUGAGAAAACUUACCAACAGGGCCUCAAAUCCACCAAGUGGCGCCAGGUACGCUCUUCAGACCAGACCACAAAGAUUCCUCUUUUGGACCCACCUUUCCUUUUAUGCAAGCCAAUCCCUGCCGGGAUAUUCGGUAGAUUGACCAAUCAGAGUGAGUGUCGUCCCCGGGCUCUGAUCUUGCCAAUCAAAACCGCACUUGGGUUCCCGCCUCAGCAGGAAAGUCCCGCCCCUCUGCAAGGAGUGCGUCUCCAGUCACGCCCGAACCUACGGACCAAUCAGCGAAGGUCACGAGCUUUUAACCAAUCGGGACGCGGCUCGCGCACUAGUCUCUUCCGGAGGCAGUGCUUUGGAAGUCCCACCUUUUCCCUGAUGCCGCACGUCUUCUAUCACGUGAUCAUCAAAGGGGUGGGCACGCGCUGCGCGCUUUGCCUCGUGACACAGGAAAAGCUGUGUGUAGGGGCCGCCAUUUCACCCAGAGAGAUGCGUUCUGCUUCCUAAAGUCCAGACCCUGUCCCAGUGGUAUCGCGACUCCGUCGGGCCACCGAUCUCCGCCUUUUCAGCCUACAGGCUUUUCCUGUUGUUGAUUCCAGGACCACCUCAGCACUAGAUCAUUUCCCUGCCCGGUGUCCGAUUUGACCUCUUGACCUCUGGCUCAAAGGUCAGCUCCAAGCUUCUGAACUCGUGCCUGGGAUGUGAGUGGGGACAGUCUAAAUUCCUUCAGUCUCAAGUCCCAGGUUCCUAGGUCUCACCGUUCAGGCGCCCCCAUAUCCAAAGAUUGACCCAGGAAUUCCCUAAAUCCAGCCCGAGAGAAUGAAAUAAUGCUUACCCAUUUUCCCUUAAGUUUCAAAACGCAGCCCAACCUGCCUCAGCCCCAUACCACAGAUCUGUUUCUGGAUUUAUGAAUCCCACACUGGUAACCCUCGUGACUUGAGUCAAGCCCGGUUCCUGCUCCCAUGGUUUCAGAGUUUAGCCCUGGUCUUUUCCAACCUGCUCUUCAGAUUCUGGAACUCGGUUCUAAAAUCUUUCAAAUCUCCAUCCUUGAGAUCUAACCCUUGUGAAGGAUCCUCCUCUCUUCCAUUCUCAAUCCCUCAGUUCAUCUUAUAGACCCCCAAAAUGACUUCUCCAUGCUCGGCUCCCCCAGAACCCUCAAUCCCUCUUCGAAGAUCUCCUGAACCUCAAGCCCCCAUCGUUCCAACUCCUCCCCUACCCCCGAGUCCCUUGAACUUAGCUUUUCUACCCCAACCCUGUAGUUUCCAGCCCCAUAUUCCCCCACCACCCCCACUGCCGCCUCCACCCUCUGCCGCUAGGGGCGCUCCCCCUCACGUCUACGGCCUGGAGAAGAGCCAGCUCCUGAAGGAAGCCUUGGAGAAGGCAGGCCCAGUCCCGACGGGCAGAGAAGAUGUAAAGAGGCUCCUGAAGCUGCACAAGGACCGGUUCCGGAGCGACUUGCAGUGGAUCCUCUUCUGUGGUGACCUGCCCUCCCUCAUCCAAGAAGGCCCUCAAUGUGGGUUGGUGGCCUUGUGGAUGGCAGGCACUCUCCUGUUGCCCCCCAGCGGCAUCCCCCUGGAGAGACUGGUACAGGUAGCCAUGGAGAGAGGCUACACUGCCCAGGGAGAGAUGUUCUCUGUGGCUGAUAUGGGCAGGCUGGCCCAGGAGACAUUGGGCUGCCAAACCAAGCUGCUGUGUGGCGGCCUGGGUGGUCCCAACAGAGACCUUGUCCUGCAGCACCUUCUCACUGGAUAUCCCCUGCUUUUCCCCUACGAUGAGGACUUCAACCACGAACCUUGUCAGAAGAAGGGCCACAAGGCCCACUGGGCAGUGAGUGCAGGGGUACUGCUGGGUGUGCAGUGGGUGCCGCGCCUCGGCUACACUGAGGACCCUGAGCUGCCUGGCCUUUUCCAUCCUGAGCCUGGCAUACCCUGCCAGCCACCAUCCAUGCCAGAAGAAGGCUCUCCAGGAGCUGUCUUCCUUCUCUCCAAGCAGGGCAAGAGUUGGCACUACCAGCUGUGGGACUAUGACCAAGUCCGGGACAGCAACCUGCAGCUGACAGACUUCUCACCCUCAAGGGCUGCUGAUGGACAGGUGUAUGUGGUGCCCACUGGUGGGGUGCGGGCUGGCCUUUGUGGCCAGGCCCUGCUGCUCAGACCAUGAGAGUCCAGCAACUAGCCGAGGCUGGGGUGCCUGACUGUAGCUUAAAUCUGUCACCAUUUGAAGAGUGCCCCAGCUUUUCUUCCUGUGUGACACAUGAAGGUUUGGCUGGAUCUCUGAGAGCCUUCCACACAGAGAUCCUUCAUCACGGUCCCCCCACCCUUCCAUUUCAAGUCUGGACAUGGCUCAGGCCCAAGCCCAAGCCCAUCCGUUCCAGAUCAAGCACCCACUGAUUCCUGUCUCCAUAUCCUGUGUCCUGUACAGCCCACCAGAGUGCGCCAUCCACCGCUUUCUCUACAUUUCGCUACAUUUUCUAAGCCACCAUCACCUUGCUAGAUAUCUGCACGAGCCUCCUUCUUGGACUCUGCACUGCCCCACAGUCUGCUCACAGGACAGGGACUAAAUGCUUCCCCACUCAGCUCCCCUCUGCUUGUCCCAGGCUUUUCCUCAUGUGCUCUGCCUGCCAGCCUUACUGGCCUUUCAAGUCCCUAGAGUAUCAAGUAUGCCUUCCUCGGGUGAGAGUCCUAGGGCCUAGGCUUGGCGCCCACCAUGUCUUCUGGGUGUUUCAAGUCCCGUCUGAGAGCAGUCAGGUAUGUCAGCCCCUUCCUAGUGUUGAUUCAUCAAGUUCUCCAGCCCUGUAAGGGAAGUUCUAGAUUCCUUGUCUUAGUCCAUUUUAUACAAAAUACUUGAAACCUUUAUAAAGAAUAGGGGUUUAGGGCUGGGGUUCUAGCACACUGGCAGAAGCACAGGGUUCAGUCUUUAGCAUCACAUAAAAAUAAAGGCAUUCUAUCCAUCUACAAUACCAAAAAAAAAAAAGAAUUGGGG